AUGAAUACAAGGCAUGACCAUUAAGAUAAUGAGAAGUCCUUGUUUUAGGAACACUCAAAAUAUUUGCCUCCAUUCUUUGCUGAGAAUAUUUUAUAUUUAGAAAUGGAAGUGGAAUGUAAUAAUGUUACAAUUGAAGUAGUCAAUUAAUUAUUAGAAUUGUAUAGAGUAAUAUUUAUUAAUCUAAUAUAGAUUGGUGUAGAAUAUUUCGAAUCAAUAAAAAACAAUAAGUUUUUGAUUUUCAAAAAUAAAACUUAAUAAUUAUUGAUGAGAGGAACUGUUAAUUAAUGCAUGAAUGUUGCAUAUGAAGAAUUGAAACAUGAAACAGCAUUAAAGAAAUCUAAACAUCUUUAAAGUCAUGACAUUCUUCCUCCUCCAUCUCCAAAAGUCAUUAUUCCUUAAAAAUCCUAAAAAUAAUAAGAAUUAGAAAAUUAACUAAAAUACAUUAAAGAAUAAGAUUAAAAGUUGUAAGUGAAUCAACUUUUAGAAUUUCAUGGUUUUGAAUCCUAGAGAGUGACAAGAAUGCAUAAUAAGUUCUAAUAUUCAUAUUACUUAUCAUAGAGCUUUAUAAGAAUAAUAAGAUCAAGUAUAAAUACGAUUGUAAAGACGAAGAUAAUAAUCUGUCAAAAUCAAAGGAUAAAAAGAAUGA